UUAAUUAAAUUAACCCCCUCCCCCAACCUCUAUAUAUAUACUCUCCAUAUUUCCAUCGUCUCAUCGGAUCAAAGCAUACACAAAACCAUGGUGGAAACGGUAUGAUAUAUAUUUGUGUGUGUUAAUUUAUCUUUUAAUGCAUCGAUCCUCUUAAUUUGGCUAUAUAUGUACAACUUCUUGAUAAUCUCUACAGCGGAUUCUUCCAUGUCAGAACAUGUUUUGAGUUCUUCCAAUCUUUCUGUCUAUAAAUUUAUCAUGACGACGUUUUUUUAUGUUUUCUAUUGGGAUUAAUCAUGGUGCGGUCCUAUAUGAAAUGCAUGCACUAACUACUACUGUAACAGAAAGUCACAACGAUGGAGAUUAAGGUGGUUGACCUUGGAUGCGAAAAAUGCCACAAGAAAAUCAAGAGAGUACUGUGCGCUAUCCCUCAAAUCCAGAACCAGAUAUAUGACAAGAAGGAAAACACAGUGACAAUCACUGUGGUGUGUUGCUGUCCUGAAAAGAUCAAGAAAAAAAUAUACUGCAAAGGAGGUCGAACUGUCAAGUGCGUUAAGAUUCCACCUCCACCACCAACUCCACCAACAACUACACCACCAGCUUCACCACCAACUGUCAUAUGCGUUAAGAUUCCACCUCCUGUCAUAUGCGUUAAGAUUCCACCUCCACCAACAACUCCACCACCAUGCACAUGCACAUGUUGUGAAAAAUGCCGCCGAGGCCCAUGUUGUCAUCACUUUUGUACGCCAACAGUACCUCCAUAUUGUCCUGUACCUUGUAGAAGGGCGGUGUGUGAUAUAUGGGAAGACGGUUGUUGUAGUUGCCGAAGUAGGGGUUACUCUGUGUGCAGAAGUUUAUAUGUUUAUGAAGAGUACUAUCCCCCGACAUGCAAAAUCAUGUAAAGGGAAAUCAAGUUCAGAAGACCGAUGAUUUGAGUCAACGUCCAACAUCAAACAUUGGAUUCAAAUCCAGUGGUCAUGAUGGACCUUAGUACUGUUGUUGUAUUUAUAUGAGAUGUAUAAAUAUUAUUGUAGGGUCACGUAAGUACUUACAAUUAUUGCAAAUAAAAGCAAAAGGUUCCAUUUUCCAUGUU